UCCUCGUGUAUAAAUACAACUCUUUCCAUACCCUAAUGCAUACAUUUGCUCGCCUUGAUUUCGUUUCAGCCUCCUCUCUAUAUUCAAAUCGAUCUAUUCGAAAUACUAGUCUCCUGAACUACAAUGGCAGGGAAAGGUGAAGGUCCCGCAAUCGGUAUAGAUCUCGGCACUACGUACUCGUGUGUCGGUGUCUGGCAACAUGAUCGUGUUGAGAUCAUCGCCAACGACCAGGGUAACCGUACGACGCCGUCGUAUGUGGCGUUCACUGACUCUGAGCGUCUCAUUGGUGAUGCUGCCAAGAAUCAAGUCGCCAUGAAUCCCAUCAACACAGUUUUCGAUGCAAAGCGUCUCAUUGGUAGAAGAUUCUCAGAUGCCUCAGUACAGAGCGAUAUCAAAUUGUGGCCUUUUAAGGUUGUUCCUGGUGCUGGUGAUAAGCCAAUGAUUGUUGUCAGCUACAAGGGCGAGGAAAAACAAUUUUCAGCUGAAGAAAUUUCUUCCAUGGUUCUCAUCAAGAUGAAGGAGAUAGCAGAGGCAUUUCUUGGAUCAACAGUAAAGAAUGCAGUUGUCACUGUACCUGCUUACUUUAAUGACUCUCAGCGUCAAGCCACAAAAGAUGCUGGUGUCAUUUCUGGUCUAAAUGUCAUGCGUAUCAUUAACGAACCAACAGCAGCAGCUAUUGCUUAUGGACUAGACAAGAAGGCCACAAGUGUUGGAGAGAAGAAUGUGUUGAUCUUUGAUCUUGGUGGUGGUACCUUUGAUGUCUCCCUCCUCACAAUUGAGGAAGGAAUCUUCGAAGUAAAAGCCACUGCCGGUGACACCCAUCUCGGAGGUGAAGACUUUGACAACAGAAUGGUGAACCACUUUGUCCAAGAAUUCAAGAGAAAGCAUAAGAAGGAUAUCACUGGAAACCCAAGAGCAUUGAGGAGAUUGAGGACGUCCUGUGAAAGGGCAAAGAGAACCCUCUCUUCCACAGCCCAAACAACCAUUGAGAUUGAUUCACUGUUUGAGGGUAUUGAUUUCUACUCGACCAUUACCCGUGCAAGAUUUGAAGAGCUGAACAUGGAUCUGUUCAGGAAGUGUAUGGAGCCUGUUGAGAAAUGUUUGAGGGACGCCAAGAUGGAUAAGAGCACCAUCCAUGAUGUUGUUCUUGUUGGUGGGUCUACUAGGAUUCCGAAGGUCCAACAAUUGCUUCAGGACUUCUUUAAUGGAAAAGAGCUCUGCAAGAGUAUCAACCCUGAUGAGGCCGUUGCUUAUGGUGCUGCUGUCCAGGCUGCCAUCUUGAGCGGCGAGGGAAAUGAAAAGGUUCAAGAUUUACUCCUUCUGGAUGUCACCCCCCUGUCUCUCGGAUUGGAAACUGCAGGAGGUGUCAUGACUGUGCUCAUUCCAAGGAAUACAACUAUUCCCACUAAAAAGGAACAAGUUUUCUCCACAUACUCUGACAACCAACCAGGUGUGCUCAUCCAGGUGUACGAAGGUGAGAGAGCAAGAACAAGGGAUAACAACUUGUUGGGUAAAUUCGAGCUCUCUGGUAUCCCUCCUGCCCCUAGGGGUGUCCCCCAGAUCACCGUUUGCUUUGACAUUGAUGCCAAUGGCAUUUUGAACGUCUCUGCUGAGGACAAGACAACUGGACAGAAGAACAAAAUCACAAUCACUAAUGACAAGGGCAGGCUGUCCAAGGAUGAGAUUGAAAAGAUGGUGCAGGAAGCAGAGAAGUACAAGGCUGAGGAUGAGGAGCAUAAGAAGAAAGUGGAGGCCAAGAAUGCGUUGGAGAAUUAUGCCUAUAACAUGAGGAACACAGUGAAGGAUGAGAAGAUUGGAUCCAAGUUGAGUGCUGAUGACAAGAAGAAGAUUGAGGAUGCCAUUGAUCAGGCAAUCUCGUGGUUGGAUAGCAAUCAGCUAGCAGAAGCUGAUGAGUUUGAAGAUAAGAUGAAGGAGUUGGAGGGAGUAUGCAAUCCCAUAAUUGCCAAGAUGUAUCAGGGUGGUGUUGCCCCAGACAUGGAUGAGGAUGCUGCUGGUCCUACUCCGGCCGGUGGCAGUGGUGCUGGUCCUAAGAUUGAAGAGGUCGACUAAGCCAUUUGGUUCUUUCUAUGACCUGCAUAUUUUAUUUUGUUCACGUUUGGACUUCGUAUUAUCAUUUCCUUUUGUAUUUUUUUUGCAUUCCUUUCAUAAUUAAGAACGCUGCGCUUCCUCUCUUGAGGAUGUAUGUCUUCAACGAUCUGUCCGUUUUUUCUACCCAUAUACAUUAAGGAGACAAUCUUUUUGCUAUCAGUCUUAAUCUAUUUCGUUAUAAUCCGUUCUUUGCAAUUCGUUAACUUGGCAUGGUUAUAUUCGUGUCUGACUAAGAUUAUGCAGGGUUAAAUCAUAUUCAGUUAUUUGCAUUUUGAAUUAGUAGACUAAGAUUCGGUUGCCA